AUGCAGAAGCUGCCAGGAACUCAAACCCGACUCCGAUGUCGCUGCUAUGAGUUUGUGCUGCUGGGCCUACCCACCAUUGCUGAUGCCCAAGCUCUUCACCAAAAGGUGGAAUGCUAUGACUAUGACAAUGAUGGAUCACAUGAUCUAAUAGGCACAUUUGAAACCAAUGUUGCCAAACUUCAAGAGGCAUCACAGAAUGGAACGGAGUUUGAAUGUAUUAAUCCAAAGAAAAAACAGAAGAAAAAGAACUACAAAAAUUCAGGGACUGUGGUUGUUAAAUCAUGUCAGAUUGUGAAAGAAUACUCUUUCCUGGACUAUAUUAUGGGUGGCUGUCAGAUGAACUUCACUGUUGGUAUUGAUUUCACAGGCUCUAAUGGGGAUCCUCGUUCACCUGACUCUUUACAUUUUAUAAAUCCUAAUGGAUUUAAUGAAUAUUUGAUGGCGAUCUGGUCUGUUGGAAUGGUCAUUCAAGACUACGAUACAGACAAGUUGUUCCCUGCAUUAGGAUUUGGUGCACAGAUACCCCCUACCUGGCAGGUAUCACAUGAAUUUCCAAUUAACUUCAACUCUGACAACCCAUUCUGUGCAGGAGUGCAAGGAAUUGUGGAUGCUUACCGUAGCUGUCUUCCCCAAGUCAAACUAUAUGGACCAACAAACUUUGCUCCCAUCAUCAAUCACGUGGCAAGAUUUGCAGCUGCAGCAGUACAACAGCCAACAGCUUCUCAGUAUUUCAUCCUACUGAUCAUCACAGAUGGAGUGAUCACAGAUUUGGAUAACACAAAACAGGCUAUUGUUAAUGCUUCUAAGUUGCCGAUGUCCAUCAUCAUUGUCGGUGUUGGUGGAGCAGAUUUUAGUGCCAUGGAAUUUCUGGAUGGUGAUGAUGGUGUACUGAGAUCACCCACUGGGGAAAAAGCUAUCCGGGAUAUUGUCCAGUUUGUGCCUUUUAGGAAAUUUCAAAACGCUCCAAAAGAAGCUCUUGCACAAAGUGUACUCGCCGAAGUGCCUCAACAAGUAGUCUACUAUUUCAACACACGCAAAAUAAGCCCUCCAACUGAGCAAAAACCUGAAGAUUUUCUGGAUUUCUAGUUGAUAGGCUGUGAAUUUUUCAAACUUAAUUUGUCUGUGCCAUUUAAUUUGUUAAGUUCUUGUAAAUGUGUUUGCGAAAUAAUUGCAUAUGGUUAAUCUCUUAUAAAUGAAAAGUUUAAUUUUUCUUCCCCAAUUGUGUAACAAAGAAUUAUCUUUUUGAUUAAGGCCUUACCAGAUUGUACCUGUUUCCAAAAUGAAUGUUUCACUUAUCAGCCCUAAUGAUACAAGCUGCGCCUUUUUGCAUGUAAUUCCAUUGCUUUGCACAAAAGUGAUCUAAGGGUGCUUGAACUGGGAAAUGAGAAUACUAGUUAAGCAGCUUUUCAUGUUCAGCUAUAUGUCACAGCGCUGAGUUAUAACCAGCAAAAUUAAUUCCUGUCAAUUAGCCUCAGCAUUUCCAGGCUGUUGAGGGAAAUUUUCAAUCAGGGUUCCUGCUUGUGACUGUUAGAAUUAUCCAAUGGCUGUUGUAUAAAGCUGAGAGCAGUUCACCAACACCAUUGAAAUAAAAGUAGCAAAUUGGCAGGCACUUUGAGUGAAACUGUACGAUUGCUCUCUCUAGACAUGAAGUGGUGACUUGUUGUGUGUGGGAGGAGAGAAGUGGAACCAAAAUGAAAGCACCUUUUAUUCUAGAAGUUGGCAUUUCCUGUAUUUUCCAAUCCAUGGAACAGUGUUUUGUUGCUAGUCAUCAAAACACGUCUGCACAACUCUUUUCCCAGAAACUUGCUUCAUGUCUAAACUUAUUAAGUAGUAAAUUUAUCUAAACAUUUUAUAUGUAUGAUUAUUUUGAAACAAUAUUUAGAAUGAAUCAUACAAUUUUUGUUUUGUUAAAAUUGUGUAAAAAGUUGUUUGAGUAAACUUUUUUUUCAGUUGGUAAGCUUACUGUAUUUACGUAGUGGUCUUGUUUACCAAUUUUGGCCAAAUACACACAUUUUGGUAAAGCAUCAAUUGUAACACUGAAUUGGAAAAUGACUUGUAUACUAUGUUUUUCAUAGUAUUAUAUGCAGUACAUUGUAUUGAAAUCAUCAAAUACUUAGCUAACAUUACCAAAGAUUAAAAAUUAAUUUGUGAAAGUUAAGGCUUUUUUUCUUAAACCAUAUUUGCCAUGGAGAAUCUAUGAACAAUGCAUUCUGCUGUUGCACUUUCCACAAUAAAGAAAUCAUGAAAAUA